UGUGUCCUGUCUGUGUCAGUGGCUAUCAUCUAUAACCCUUAAGAAGAUCUCUAAGGAGUUGGAGCCAUCCUUCCCUUCCUCACAUCAAGUUUAAUUGUCUCACAUUCCCUAUAAGAUCAGUGCAUGCCAGUGACAGCACUCCAGCAUACUUAUCAUGGGUGUAUCCUUCGUUUGCAGACCUGAGUGAUGACAGCGUUUCCAGACGAGAAUGAGGACACAUUGUACCUGACAAGAGGGACGUGUGUUUGUUGGAUUCCUAAGUACAUUGCUUCCCCUCGCCCAUCUUCACUCUCACGUCAGUACAUGCUCUGCCUCGAUCAUGCAGACUACAGGCCUUUCUGGACCAUGACUAGAGUGGUGCACGUAGACAAGUUUCAGGAAAUCAUGAAGGAGGGUCUGAAACCAAGACUCUUCAUGAAAUCCGAACUGACUAUCUUGCCGAGGAUAGUGCCCCAUCUGCGUGGUCUGUAUUUUGGAAUUCCAGAAAAAGGCCAUAAUUGGUAUGGCAACGUUAGCAUGGAAGCGCAGUUUAAAAAAUUUUUGAAAGCUCUGCGCCCCCGUGUUUACUUCAUAGACUCGGUGGACUUUAAGGUAUCGAGUCUUACGAGACUUCUUUUAACAACGCGAAAAUACGAUAACUACUUCUCGCGAUACGACGCUAAGAUCAUAGGAGGUCCAUGGUACCGUGAUCCCGAUGGCACUGACUGGCAUCUCGUCAAUGCCAGGAGAUACAACUCUGAGAAACGAAACAGGAUCUGUCACAGGCUGGAGUUCGUCCUCGAUCUGAAAGACUUACAAUACGAAAAACUUCUGUCUAUGUGUAAAAUACUCCCCGCGGACCACACUCAGGCAAACACGGGAAAACCUCGAACUUGCAGAGAAUAUUACAGCGGCAGACAGUUUUGUCCCUACCCUUGGUCCAUCGCACGUACUGAACGCUACUUGUCUCGGGUUCUUGUUUGAUUUCCCCAGGGAGUAUCUUGAGGCUGGUGAAGAGUUGAUGACUAAGACACAUGUGGAACACCUAGAUACGUGCGGUAGAGGUAGACAGCCUACCUCUACUGCAUGUCCUGACUCCAGUAUAUAAGCACCAAUCUUCCUGCUUGUGUGUCAGAAUCUUGUAGACUACGGUGCCCUUCACUGCUCCUAGGCUGAGGGACUGUUUACCUCUUCUUCCUCUGUCUACUAUACAUAUUUCUACAAUUUUUAUAUAAUGCCACGUAAUGUAUUGAUAAAAGCACAGUAUGGCGAAACGUCCUUAUUGAAUACCACUGAUAUACAAGUACAGUGGAACUCUGGACAAUUUCGUACGUACCGAAUAUCGUACGUUUCGGAUCUAGACCACUUUUCUGGGCGAAAUUUUGGUCCGGAUUUCGUACCUCCACCCGGAAAUCGGACGUAUCAGACGAGUCCGCCCGCCCUGGACGCCGCCACUCACGCGUACGUGCCUCAG